AUGACGAAACGGAACGCCUGGUCAAAAGUGGAAACACUCGAGCUGCUUGACAUACUGCGAAUGUGCUGCAUCCCGUUCCUGGACGGUACCAUCAACAACCGCAAAGGUCAAAUGUAUCGCCAGAUCGAGCAUGAGAUGCAACGGCGCGGAAACACAAACCUGCGGGACGCACGGCAGAUCGAGCACAAGUGGAAAAACCUUAAGUUUGCGUACGACCGAUACAGGGAGGAGCUGGUGCAGCGUGAAAACAACAAUGGGAAAGCGUGGGUCACGGAACCGAAGCCUUGCGAAUUCUACACGGAGCUGGAGGAACUGUUUUGUAUCGUUGAGCAGCGUGCGCCUCUCAUCAUCGAGAGUCAGCCAGCGGAGGAAAUGAUUGUUGCGACGUACUACGAUGAAGAGUUUGUUACAGAUGAAACGCAAGAACUUGCCGUGGAUGAUGAUACGGUUGUGAUUGAGGAGAUUGUCUACGAUUCACAGGAUGCAAUUGAGUUUGAGGAAGCUGCAGCAGCGGUGGCGGCAACAGCGACUGCCAGCACUUCCAAAACACAACAAGCCCCGGCAGCAGCAACAGCAGCACAAACAACCGCGCCGCCACCACCACCACCCGCUUCAUCUCAACCUGCCCCCAAACGUAAAAAACUAACAGUAGCAAAUAUGGACGAACUGUUGUUUAGAAUCUGCAAUCUACAGCAGGACCACAACGAAUCGUUCAAUCGCAGCCAGAUGGAGUUUAUCGAGAACGAGUUUGAAUCGUUCCGCGAGAAGGAACGGGAACAUUUGCUCCAGCUGAAGCUCGAUCUGGAGGUGCUGAAGCAAAAGUUUCUGGCCCGAAUACAGAAGGUAGCGAGCGGGGAAGGGAUGGGUGAGGCGGGCGACGAAACGAUGGCAAAUGAUACGAAGCGGCGCCGGGUUGGUGGUGUUGUAAGACGGAAAUAG